AUGGAUGACCAGGAAAAUAAAGUUGUUGGUAAUGAUAUUUCAGAUAGUGUUCCUGAUACUGUUCAGUACUCACCUCCAGUUUCACAGUCUGAUUUGCAGCAUGAGGAGGAUAUAGGAUCCGGGCAGCCGGCUGCCAUCGUCGCGGAGCGCGUGCGUGGCAAGGCGUGCGGGCAGCUGGCCGCUGGCCACCGCUGCGGGGCUGCGCAGGGCGCCGACCGCAGCCGUGGGGGCCCGGCCGCCACCGCCGCCGUGGAGCGCGCAGGCAGCUGGCGGGUGGUCGCUGCCGUGGAGCGCGCGGGCAACUGGCCAUUCAAGCUUAUCUUCAGCGCCUCCUGUGAGAGCGUUUGCUCGGGGACAUGGGACCUUCCCUGCUUCAUCGAGCACGUCUGCAUCUCCAGCCUGCUCAGCCUCUUCGUCGUUAUCAUCAUCACCUACAUCGUGCUGCUGUUCGGGUAUGCCCUCUGCAAGCUGGGCAUCGUCAAGUGCGUGGCCAAGAACGCCUUCAAGAUGGUGUGGAAGCCCUGCUCGGCUGCUGCCGCACGCGCCGUUGGGAGAGUGCGCAGGCCGUCGCCCUGGGUGAUUUUUUUCUUACUUUUUUGAAAUAGAGAUGCACGUGGAAUUGUAUGGAUUGUAUUUAUCUUAUGGGAUUGUAUCUAUCUUGUGAACGAUUCUCUGAAUGCUUUGUGGGAUCUAUGAGUAUUUUAUUUGGGUUGAUUCAAUAUUUUGUGGUUGAUUU